AAUUUGGACCUUAAGAAAGAAAAGCUUCUUUGCAAUCGGUGCCAAAACGUUGUUUGACAAAUCAAAGGAAGUAAUUGUUGAAACAGUCUGAAUGGAGGCCCACAGUACUAACUGAGUCAAUACGUGUCCACGCGAACCGCGCCAUGGGAGACGCAGAUAAUUCUGGACUCCACGUUUGGUCCAACUUUUCUAAACCGCCAACCUCACUUUUUCUGUCAGCGGCGUCCCCCUACGAAAUUUCUGUCAAAUUCUGGUGGACUCAGAACUUGUAAGUCAAAAACCUUGGUGCUGCGUCAAAAACAAACAACACAACACUGUCGAAAAGAAGAGGCGCCGCCAGGGUUGGGUUUGGUUUGGUUUAUUUGUGUGUCUGUCUGUAUGUCUUCCGGGUAUUCCUUCGGCAUUCCUUGAGAGUAUUGAGAGAGUUUUGCCGCCAGCUCGCCCUCUCAAUGCUCUGAAUCUUCAACGACGGACCACAGAGCCUCUGCCGCCUCUCUCUCUGCAUUCCGUUUCCGCCGCGCCGUUCCGUUGUUGGAGGCUCUACGUUUGGUUAGGUCUCAUCUUUUUGAUUUCUCUAUCUUCUCAAGAUUGAGCUGCUGCUCAAGUUCGAAAUUCGAUAAACCGGUUCUGUGUUGGGAUCUUGAGUUUCUCACUCUGUGCGCCAUAACAAUCAACUGUUUCAGACACUCCGUUCACAUCAUUAGUCGGAAUAACUUAUCUUUAGAAUGGUGACCGCCUUGCAUUUUUCCGGAGUUAAAACUCUGUGCCCUGCAUCCUCAGAAAGAUCUUUGCAAUUCAAUCAACCACUUUUGUCACAAAGUCUUGGUUUUGCAACUUGUGUCGCUUCCAGCAAUGGUUUCUAUGCAAGUGCGAAAGACUUUUCUUGUACGAGCAGGGUUUUGAGAGUCAGUUGCGAGGGAGGGAUUGCAGAUGUUCUUGAAAAGAAACGGACUGACAAUCAAAGCCCUGGCGAGAAUGAGAAACAAUUGACGUGCGUUAUGAAGUUUGGUGGCUCGUCGGUGGCUUCUGCAGAGAGAAUGAGGGAGGUUGCUGAUCUUGUACUCAGCUUCCCACAAGAGAGGCCUGUCAUUGUUCUUUCUGCCAUGGGAAAGACAACUAACAAACUCCUACUGGCAGGAGAAAAGGCCGUCACUUGCGGUGUUACCAAUGUAUCUAUGAUUGAUGAGUUGAGCUUCAUAAAAGAAUUACAUCUCAGGACUGUGGAAGAACUUGGAGUGGACAGCUCCAUCAUUUCAUCACACCUCAAAGAACUGGAACAACUUCUGAAGGGAAUUGCUAUGAUGAAAGAGUUGACUUUACGAACCAAAGACUAUCUGGUUUCAUUUGGGGAAUGCAUGUCCACGCGGCUUUUUGUUGCCUAUCUGAAUAAGAUUGGCGUUAAAGCCCGCCAAUAUGAUGCCUUUGAAAUUGGGUUUAUAACCACAGAUGACUUCACAAAUGCGGACAUUUUGGAGGCAACUUAUCCAGCUGUCGCAAAGAGGUUACAUGGUGAUUGGAUAUGUGAUCCUGCUAUUCCAGUUGUUACUGGUUUUCUUGGAAAGGGAUGGAGAUCAUGUGCUGUGACUACGCUGGGUAGAGGUGGUAGUGAUUUGACAGCUACAACCAUUGGUAAAGCAUUGGGGUUACGAGAAAUUCAGGUGUGGAAGGAUGUUGAUGGCGUUUUGACAUGUGAUCCUAACAUAUAUCAGCGUGCAGAACCUGUACCUUAUUUGACAUUUGAAGAGGCUGCCGAACUUGCAUAUUUUGGUGCUCAGGUCUUGCAUCCACAGUCCAUGAGACCAGCCAGAGAGGCUGAUAUUCCAGUGAGGGUUAAAAAUUCAUACAACCCUAAUGCUCCCGGUACUGUUAUCACCCAUGCAAGAGAUAUGAGCAAGGCUGUAUUAACCAGCAUCGUUUUGAAAAGGAAUGUGACUAUGUUGGAUAUUGUUAGCACUCGCAUGCUGGGUCAAUAUGGAUUUCUUGCUAAGGUAUUUACAACUUUCGAAGAUUUGGGCAUAUCAGUUGAUGUUGUUGCUACCAGUGAAGUUAGUAUUUCCUUGACACUGGAUCCCUCAAAGCUUUGGAGCAGAGAGCUUAUUUGGCAGGCAAGUGAACUUGACCAUGUCGCGGAAGAACUUGGGAAAAUUGCUGUUGUCAAUCUUCUACAGCACAGAUCAAUUAUAUCUCUCAUUGGAAAUGUGCAGAGGUCAUCACUGAUACUAGAGAAGGCAUUUCAGGUUCUUCGAACCAUUGGAGUCAAUGUUCAAAUGAUCUCUCAGGGUGCAUCCAAGGUUAAUAUCUCUUUGGUUGUAAAUGACGAUGAAGCAGAGCAGUGCGUUAGGGCUCUCCACCAGGCUUUUUUUGAAAACGAUCUCUUUGAAGUAGAAUGUGGAUCGGAGAAUGGUUCGGUCUUAGUAUCAGAGCAACAUUGAAGGAGAUUCGAUUCUUCGAUUCUUUGAAAAUGCACCGUUAGUUUACACACCAUAUGAUUUUCAGCUUUAGUCAUUAGUUCUACCAUUUCUGGAGAAAAUAUCUGCCCCUUGGGCUGUCAGUUUAGAAUUGAAGACGUGGUAUCGCCACCGAUAUUGUAUCAUGUUGGAUAAUGUAAUGCUUGUGUUGCAAGGAAUUAACUAGGAAAUAAUUAUAUUUUUGGUGAAA